AUGUCAAUCACUUUAGCAGUAUUCAUGUUAGUUGGUGGAAUUGCAUCAAUUGUUAUGAUUCAUUUUAAAAAGAGGAUUAUUAUGAUAAUAAAUAUUUGUGUUCAAAUUAUAGUUGUAGGAAUGGCAAUAACAGCUAUUGGAUAUUCAUCAUAUAUUCUCAUUAAAGCACAACAAGUAAUAUUAAAUUAUUGGGAUAUAACAACAUUAACAAAUACAGAUGAUAUACCCAUUAGUCAAUUAAUAGAAGCAACAUUUAGGUGUUGUGGUUAUGACUCUAUUUCACCAUCUAAUUGUGCUUGUAAAAAUCCAAUGUGUUUUGAUAUAUUAUGCAAAACAAAAUUUGAAGAAUUAAUACAAGCAAGUAAUAUGACAUUAUUUAUUACACAUAUUAUUUGUGGGAUAGUUGUAACAGCGACAUUAAUUUCAACUAUAUAUUCAAUGGUGAAAAAAGAAAGACCAAAAUAUAUUCGAUUUCAAUAA